AUGGCCGUCACCUCCUAUUCUAGCCGGCGGGGCGUGGCUGUCCUGGCAGGGUUGCUGCUCUUGUCCCUCGGCAGCGUGGCCACUAGUCAGUUCGAGGAACAAGCAGAGCAGUUCUUUAGGAGUGGCCACACAAACAACUGGGCUGUUUUGGUGUGUACAUCCCGUUUCUGGUUUAAUUAUCGACAUGUUGCAAAUACGCUUUCUGUGUAUAGGAGUGUGAAGAGGCUAGGCAUUCCUGACAGCCACAUUGUUCUGAUGCUUGCAGAUGAUAUGGCCUGCAACCCUAGGAAUCCCAAGCCAGCUACAGUAUUUAGUCACAAGAAUAUGGAACUAAAUGUCUAUGGAGAUGAUGUGGAAGUAGAUUAUAGAAGUUAUGAGGUAACUGUGGAGAAUUUUUUACGGGUAUUAACUGGGAGGAUCCCACCUAGUACUCCUCGGUCAAAACGUCUUCUUUCUGAUGAUAGGAGCAAUAUUCUUAUUUAUAUGACAGGGCAUGGUGGAAAUGGUUUCUUGAAAUUUCAAGAUUCUGAAGAAAUUACCAACAUAGAACUUGCCGAUGCUUUUGAACAAAUGUGGCAGAAAAGACGAUACAAUGAACUACUGUUUAUUAUUGAUACUUGUCAAGGAGCAUCCAUGUAUGAGCGAUUUUAUUCUCCUAACAUAAUGGCUUUAGCUAGUAGCCAAGUGGGGGAAGAUUCACUUUCGCAUCAACCUGAUCCGGCAAUUGGAGUUCACCUUAUGGAUAGAUACACAUUUUAUGUCUUAGAAUUUUUGGAAGAAAUUAAUCCAGCUAGCCAAACUAAUAUGAAUGACCUUUUUCAGGUAUGUCCGAAAAGUCUAUGUGUGUCUACUCCUGGACAUCGCACCGAUCUUUUUCAGAGGGAUCCUAAAAAUGUCCUGAUAACCGAUUUCUUUGGAAGUGUUCGGAAAGUGGAAAUUACAACAGAGACUAUUAGUUUGCAACCAGAUUUAGGAGUCCUGGAAAGCAGAGAUAAGGAAGACUGGAUGGAUGAGGAACUAAUAGAAUCCCUGAAAUAUGCUGAACAACUUCCUGUAGCUCAGAUAAUACACCAGAAACCAAAGCUGAAAGAUUGGCAUCCUCCUGGGGGUUUUAUUCUGGGAUUGUGGGCACUCAUCAUCAUGGUUUUCUUCAAAACUUAUGGGAUCAAGCACAUGAAGUUCAUUUUCUAG